AUGGAUUUUGAUACAGUCCAUAGACAUAAUAUUCUUGGUCAAUAUUCAAACCCUUACAUUGAAAAUCCAUACACACACCAAGCAAAUGAUCAUAAUAAGGUUUUUUCUGCUUUAUCUCAUCAAGUUCAAGUGAAAAAUCAUGAUCGUAAUAAUCCAUCGGUCGAGGGCUCGUCUUGGGAGAGUAACCCUAAUUCCGAUCUUCUUUGCUCGCCGUUCGACGACCCUUUCUAUCCGUUUCAUCAAUCGUGCUUUGGAAAAUCGAAUCAAGAAUAUUAUUUAUCGGCCGGUUAUUGCACGACCCCUUUUGUUCAAGAACACGAUAUGCAAGAUUUGCACGUGUCGAGCAAUACACUUUCGGAUAAUGUUGAUGUUAAUGUGGAUCGGUCGCGAGGUUCUUUCUCAAUGAUGGAUCGAUAUCAAAUGGACGAGGAUUUGGAUUAUUCCAAAAAAACGAGCUUAUCGAAUGGUCGAUUUUCGGACAUGGAUUCUUGCUUGGUUUUGGAGACCGACAAUGGGAAUCACACCAAAAAAAUGUCGAAGAGGAAAAGAAUUAUCGAUGACAAGUCGGAUAUAAUAAAAGGCCAAUGGAGUCCAGAAGAAGAUAGUUUGCUUGUUGAGUUGGUGGAGAAGCAUGGAGUAAGAAAGUGGUCUUCCAUUGCUAAAAUGCUUCCAAGAAGAAUUGGGAAGCAAUGUAGGGAAAGAUGGCACAACCAUUUAAAGCCUAAUAUUAAGAAAGAUAGAUGGUCGGAGGAAGAAGACAAGAUCCUGAUCGAGGCCCACCGACAACUGGGCAACAAGUGGGCCGAGAUAGCCCGAAGCCUGCCCCAUAGGAGUGAGAACACGAUCAAGAACCACUGGAACGCCACCAAGAGAAGGCAGCUCUCGGCCCACAAGAACAACAAGAGCUCAAAGCCCAAUAACAACAUCAGCCCACUGCAGAAUUACAUCAAGAGCUUGAUAAAUUCUUCACAAAAAAGCGGCGAGGGCAAUUCGGUCAGUUCAUCGUCCGUGGAGAGGAUUGGUAUUGUUAAUGGAGUAGAAGAAGGUGAGGGUGAUGAAGAGAGCUUGAAGGUGUUGAAUAUGCAGUUUGAUUUGCAAAAGGAGAUGGAUUUUAUGGAAAUGCUCUCUUAUGGCUACAUNUUAUUAAGGAAAAAGAAAAUCUAG